UGUAAAGCAAAGCAACAUGACGCUUCCUGAGUAAAAAAAAAAGUUUGUAGUUGUUGUUAGUUUCUUUCUGAGUUUUCAGAUUGAUGUGACAUCGUACUAAAUAUGGACGGCGACCCCCAGAGAAGACCAAAAAAGAGUUACUUUCCUGGGAAGAAGUCCCAACUCUACAGCGCUUCACAUUCCAGUUCAGAGCCUAGUGUGUAUGAGCGACGUCCAUUAAGAGCCAUGUCCCUCACCCCACCUGAUUACCAAAUAGAUCUACAGCUGCUUCUAGAGGACUAUAUAGAGAAAGACAUUAGGUUUGCUGGUACUGUAUCUGAUGUGUCCGUAGAUGUGGAUGUAACAAACAGAACAGAUAUAUUAAAACUGAUAGACAGAGGAAAGAAACAGGGAAAAAUUCCUUGGCAUACGACAUUUGAACAAGAUGCUAUAUUCAGUCUAUGUGCACAUAAUAUAAAAAUAAGCCGUAGGCAUGGCGAGGACUUGUUGCUGAGAGUCCCCAUCCAUGAAAUAGCUGCCAUCUGUUAUAUACGAGAUGAUGGACAGCACAUCUUAGCCAUAAAACAUGGUGACCCAGACUUUAGUAAGGAUAUGUGCUCCUUGGCUGUACUGUACUGUGAUAGCAAGAGCUCAGCAGAGGAGAUCUGUGCUCUGGUGGGUCAGUGUUUCCAGCUUGUGUACACAGAUGCUACCAUGCAGUUUUUUGAUCAGGAGGUGCGACUGGCCAGCGGAACAUCCACGGCAGACUCUUCCACAACUCAGAGCGAUUCGUCUACCAUUACUAAACAGGGUUAUGAUCCUUAUAACCCUUCAUUUUUAACACGAUCAAAUCCUGACCUGCGGUCUAACCAGUCCUCCACGAUGUCCCGAACUAUCCCAAGAUCUCAAAGAACUCCUAGCACAGCCAGUGAACUCAGCGCUCCUUCCACAGAACUACUGCAGGAUUACUUACGAAAGCUCCAUACAAAACUCACUGCAGAUGAACUCAAGCAAUUCGCACUCCUUCUGAAAGCCAGACAUACAAAUUUACCAUUCAAUGAAUUCUGCGACAAAGUUUUAACCCUGUUUGGUCCGUCCAGAAAACACCUCAUGGCAGGGAUGUGGCCGUUUAUAGGAGAACGGGAUUAUUCCAGUUUUGAGGAGUUUUUGGAACGUCACAGUAUCGGGGGCUCGGAGAAUGGACGAGGCACUCUGUCGGGGUAUGGCUACCCUCUUACUUACAUGAGGUCUACCAGCGAGAGCUCAGCCCCUGGGGCCAGUCUGAAUGGGACAGACGCUCCAGCUAUGAGCGGAGAGGAAUUUGAGCGUUACAUGGAUCACAUUCAGGAGUUUGAGAAGGAGAAUGGCCUGGAGCGUCCGAUGUCAGGCGCAGAACCUUUGUAUAUGCCAAUUUCAUGACAGUUCCCGAAACCGAAGAUGAUCUGCUAGCGUAAUUAAUACUAUCAGCAGUCCGUUACCUAGAAGUAUGCAACUUUCCUAUAGCUGGUCUCCACGGCACAGUACACUUUUCUUCUAUCUCUAACACCUUUUAUGACAUAUCUGUGUCUUUUUUCAUAUUUGCACAACAAACAUUUGAGAAAUGGCUGAUGCGUGAUGGGUUCCAAAUAUGGCUGUAUUGAAACAGACUUAAAAAUAUUAUAACAAAGGAAAGUUUGUUAAAAGGACAACAUUGUCUUUGAUAGUAAUUGUUUUAUAGUUGCUUGAAAAUAUCAAAAAUAGUCAGUGGGUUGUUGACUGCAUAGCAAAUAUGAUCAGAGAAAUUUGAAUACGGAGUUUCGGUUUCAAGUUGUGGCCAGUUCUUACAGCAGCAGUUUACAUUAGAUUUCCCAUGAUUCAGUUCACAAUUUCCACCCAAGGGGCUGGGUAAUGGACUUCUUAUACUCUGUAUACAUUAAAAUGUAUAAUAAUGGCAGUUUUAAGGCAAAUUUGAGUGGAAAGCCUGUUUUACGUGUAUUAAGGUAGUACUUCUUUCUCAAACUGGGGCUCUUACUGGCGCUGUCUACUAAAGUACUGUUGUGAGUGCAACUAAUUGGUAGGUGACCAUAUGGCAGAUUUGUGUCCGGAGGUUUGUGCGGUUAAAAGCAUUUGACAAAGGGCAGUGCUUUAUUUCUGGCUGCCUGAUUUCCUCCCCUUAUAGACCUUACAGCUGUUGGGAAAUAUUCCUGAGUUUUUAUUUAUUUAUUUGGUUGGUGUAAAACGCCGUACUCAAGAAAUUUUGACUUAUACAAUGGUAGUCAUGUUUAUGGA